AUGGACGAAAAUAACCGUAUUGUCGUAACACCACAACAGGUUGCAAUUUUGCGUGGAAUCGCAAUAACUUUGAUGGAGAUUAUUAAUUUUACCUCAUCAUCAGAAAGUGAAGAAGAAGAUGUAUUGGAACAUAUUAUGAACGUGCAGGAAAGAAAAAAAAAGCUGUUAAGAUUGGAAAACUAUGUAGAGAACAUUGUACCUGCCUAUAGUGAUCAACAAUUCAAAUCACAUUUUAGAAUAUCUAGAGAUACAUUCGAAUAUGUACUUACCAUUAUCGCUCCAAAAUUGAAAAGAAUAUAUACUGGACGACCAAUGAUUUCUCCUGAGAAGCAAUUUCUUAUUGCGAUAUGGCGCAUGGCAACUCCUGAUUCUUAUAGAUCCAUAUGUGAAAAGUUUGACGUCAGUCGAGCUACUGCUCUUGGUGCUACACGAAGAGUUGUAAAAGCUUUAUAUGAUUUGGCACCAGCUGUCAUCAAAUGGCCAUCAGGCAACAAUGUCAAUGAAGUUUCAGCUGGAUUUGAAGCUAAUAGUGGUUUUCCGAAAGUUAUUGGCGCAGUAGACGGUACUCACAUAAAUAUUCCAGCUCCUCGUGUUCAACCAGCAUCAUAUGUAAAUUGUAAAGGACACCAUUCUGUCCAACUGCAGGUAGUAUGUAAUCAUAAAACACAGUUUAUUCAUUGCUUCGCGGGACAUCCAGGGUCUGUGCACGACCAGCGAGUAUUUCGAUUAUCGGAAUUGCAAGAGUGGUUAGGGAAUCCUGAAAAAUUUCCUGACGAUUGUCACAUUCUCGGAGAUGCUGCAUAUAAACUACACCAAAAUGUCAUUGUUCCCUAUCGUGACAAUGGACAUCUCACUCUAAGACAAAAAAAUUUCAACUUCUGCCAUUCUUCUGCCAGAAUAGAGAUUGAAAGGGCUAUUGGGUUAUUGAAGACAAGAUUUCGUAGUUUAAGAACUCUUCUUGCAAUGGAUAGAAGUGAUUUAAUUCCAAUGUUUAUAGUCGCAUGUUGUGUAAUGCAUAAUGUUUGCCUAUUAAGAGGAGAUAACAUCGAACUUGAAGCAAUUAAUGAGGAAGAAGAUAAUAAUUAUUUUUAUCAAGAUGCUGCGCCACAAGAACGAGCAAAUGUUGCUAAAAGAGAUUUAAUUUGUGAGAGACUUCCUAUGCGAUAUGUUUAA